AUGGGACUUUUCAGUAGUAAUAAAAUUGAUACUCCACCUGAUAAAAACAAAAGACAAAUUUGUUGGGAUAGUAGAGAUAAAUUUUUCCAAUGUUUAACUACCAAUAAUAUUGAUAAUUCAUUAGAUCCAAAACAAAGGGAUAAUGUCGAACUUAAUUGUGGAGAGUUAAGAAAUGAUUUUAAAAACAAAUGUGUGGCUUCAUGGUUUAAAUAUUUCCAAGAAAAAAGAUAUAAUGAUAUUCAAAGAGAAAGGUAUAUCAGGAAAUUAGAAGCUGAAGGAGCUCAAGAAUUGCCUUUCAAAUUAGCUCCACCAAAAAAGAAUUAA